AGCAGUUAAAUAGAAAGCGAUACCGACCAAUGAAAAUCUUGCCCGCCAACUGUGUCAAGCGUCGCUUAUUGUGUACGGAACUAGUUUUGUCGUAAGGGAUUUCCAAGUAGAAGAGGAGAAUUCUCCUGUCAUCAUGGCGUUGAAGAAGACAUCGGGGGUAAGAUCAAGGUCUAGAAGUUCAAAAUCAAGAUCAACUAGGAGUAGAAGUCGCAGCCGUAGUAGAAGUAGAUCAAGGGGAAGGAGUCCAGGAAGACCUAAGACAACAAAACCUAAAGCAGCAACUCCAAACAGGACUGCCAGAUCAAAAUCUUCAACACCAACAAGAAUGUCAGCAAGAUUAGCAUCUAAAUCUAAUGAGGAAGUGGGGAAACGAGCAUCUGAAAGUCCAGAGAGAAGUGAAAAGAAAGAAAAUGCAAAGACAGGGCACACAGAGUUUGGUGGUGCUUUUGGAACCUUCAUGAUGAUGCUCUUCUUACCAGCCACAUUAUAUUACAUUAAUAUGGCUUGUUCUAAGAAGAAGUGCAGCAUAACUAAUAUUCACAACUGUCCUGGGAAAUGGUCUAGUUUCUUUGAUGUACAAGCCGCACUUAUAUUUGUUGGAUGGUUUAUUUUUCAAGCUGUUCUGUCCCUGAUUCCUGUUGGUAAGGUAGUACAAGGUCUACCUAUCAAAAAUAAUCAGAGACUUUCUUACAGGUGUAAUGGAUUUUUUGCAUUUGUUGUAAGUUUGUUGGCCUUUGCUGCAGCAGUCUACUACAAAGUUCCUGUUACCAUUGUGUAUGACAAGUUCUUGCAGAUUAUGACUUCUGCAAUCAUAUUCUCUUUUGUUUUGGCUGUAUUUAUGUACAUAAAGGCAAGAAGGGGACCAAUUAAAAACUUAGCACCUCCUGGCAAUACUGGAAACAUUUUCUACGACUUCUUCAUGGGACAUGAACUCAACCCAAGGAUUGGAAUGUUUGAUUUCAAGUUUUUUUGUGAAAUGAGACCAGGCCUCAUCGGUUGGGUGAUGAUUAACCUUGUUUUCCUUGUGAAGGACUAUCAGAUGGAUAAACAGUUGGAUUAUGCUUUGGUUGCUGUAGCUGUGUUUCAAACUCUCUAUGUAGCUGAUGCUUUAUGGUUUGAGGAUGCCAUCUUGACAACCAUGGAUAUCAUCUAUGAAGGCUUUGGAUUCAUGUUGAGUUUAGGAGAUCUAGCUUGGGUGCCAUUUCUGUAUUGCCUACAAGGUCGCUAUCUCCUAGAACAUCCUAAUCCAAUGCCCUGGUACUGUUUAGCUAGUAUUGCCCUCUUGAACUUCAUUGGAUAUUACAUAUUCCGUGGAAGCAACUCUCAGAAGAAUGAUUUCAGAAAGAAUCCAAAUGACCCAGCUCUUGCACAUCUAGAGACAAUACGCACUGGAACCAACAAGAAGCUCCUUGUGUCUGGUUGGUGGGGAUUAUGUAGGAAACCAAACUACCUUGGGGAUAUAAUUAUGUCAUUAGCUUGGUCCCUUCCAUGUGGUUUUACAUCCAUAAUGCCUUACUUCUAUCCAAUCUACUUCUUCAUCUUGCUUGUACACCGGGAACGUAGAGAUGAUGCUCUGUGUAGGCAGAAGUACGGGGCUAGCUGGGACCGCUAUUGUGAGAAGGUUAAAUAUAGGAUUAUUCCUGGAAUUUAUUAGAUACUGACAUUACAUACAUUAACACUGCCAUUCCAUCUGGGUAUUAUAAUGUAACAAAGGAAGUGCUUGAUUUAAACAAUAAUGGCAGGAUUGAAGUUAGUUUAGAAAAAUAAACAGUUAUGAUCUCAAUUAAUUGGUAUUGUUCCAUUUAUAUUCUCAUUAUUUAAAAUGAUUAAAAAAGAAGUGUAAACUUUUAUCUUGUUGAGAUUGUUAUUUAGUAUUAAAUAGCUCUACACUUUUUGUGCAUAUACACUAAUUAUUCUGGCUGAAUUUCAAGAGGGUUUGAAAGUAAAGUGUAUAUUUCAAGAAAACAUUUAACUUCAAAGAAAAGAAUUUUUUAAAUAUCUGUUCAUAAUAUCAAAUUGAGUUUUUGAAGGAAUAGAAUAGAGCAUUUUUGAGACAAUUUUUUUCAGUAUUUAGUAACGUAUUGCAUUCCUUGAAAGGCAAGAUACUCAGGAAACUUUCAUAAAAUAUGGUAAUUAGUUAGUAUUUUAAAUUUUGAUUUGUUCAUUAUGUUUUAUGUAAAAUUGUAAAUCUUCUCUAAUACUAUUUUUAUCAAAGGCUAUUUUCACAAAUUUUUUAAAACAAACAUCUUUAAGAAACAUUUAGCACUUAUAAUCAAAAUUCAUUUUUAUUGCAUCAUUUCAUUAAUACAAAUUUUGACAAUCAUUGGUUCCUAUUUAUGUCUGUCAAUUCCAUGUUUUUAAAAAUCAUUAUUGACUUGAGAAAAGAGCACUUGAUAGAAGCAGUUGUCUGUAGAUUAACUAAGCUUAAUGUAAUAUAUACUAAAAAACUAUAAAAAAACAAACUGAUGGAAUACAACUUGGUGAUCAUGUUUUAGAUUUUAAUGGUAUUUAUUUAAAAAGCAUUAUACAUGUAAUAAUUUUACAUUUUAGUUUUAAAGUAAAUGAAGUAUCUAACCCUGUAGAUAGGUCUGUGUAUUAUAUAUGUAAAAACCGUUGUACAUAUGUUGUAAAUUUUUUCAUUUUAUUUCUUUACAUUGUGCAUGAUUUUACAGUUUCUUUACAUGCAAGUUUUGCCUUAGUCUUUUAACUUGUUAUUGUCUAUUUCAUAUUUACAACAUUCUCGUUGUUUUAUAUAUAAUUGCAUAAUGGAAAAUGAGUUUAAAUGAUAGAAUUAUUGAUGUUUAGACUGAAGAAUUUAAAGGUAUAAAUAUUGGUGAUUUUAAGCCAAUUUUAAACACAUUUUUCUUAUAAUAGACAUAAGUUUUGACUUCAACCAAAAACUUUGAAUUAAAGUAUUUUCCUACUCAA